UGUGACUGUGUAGGUGUUGAAAGGUUGUUUUUAUUCCGUUCUCCGCUUUUUGAAUAUCAGACGAAUAUCGCUUUAAUAGCAAGUGUCAUCAACCUCAUGCUAAACUAGUGCCCUUUUAUUUCGACAGUGAAGUGUUAAGGUUUGCAUAACGUAGCUUUACAGUGUCUCUUCGAUAACGUGAAAUCGAGAAUUGGUCACAACCCAACAGCGUUAUGUUGAUUCUUAUCGCCUCGAUUUGGUAGAGUUGUGUGACCUUGUGAUUACUCCUCGUACCUAAUUUAAAAGGGAAAGCGUCUUUGAAAAAUGGCUACGGAGAGUUCGAGUCUAGAUAAGAGUUACUUUCAACAGUUUUGCGAUUAUAUGAAACGAGACACAAAAGGAGUGGAGAUCGCAACCUACACCAUUUCCGGAGUUCUUUUCGUCGUUGCCUACAACAAAAUCAGACCGCUAACUCGUUUCGGCAAACCGUCGGACAUCCCGAAACACUUCAUCCGUGAGCAACUCCCGCAGUACGGUCGCGUCCAAAAGAUCGAACCCUCCAUCCAGUCCGGUCCGUUGUUAAUCGUAAAACACCGACCCCCGCUAAAUUUGAUCUUCUGGUCUAGCAAAACGCUGCCGGUACGGGUAGCCGGCAUCGACAUCAACGCCAACGGUUACUCGUGGCUACAGUCGGUGGUGGUCAACCGUAAGGUUACAUUUGUUCCCAUCCAAGUGAACAGUGGGGCUGGUUUUGCCGAAUGUAGCGUCUGCUUCCAGGAAUUUUCCGCCGAUAAGAAACGUCUCCGUCAGGUGGACGUCGCACAGGCUUUACUUAAUCUUGGUUUCGCAAAGCUAGCCGUUCCGGCGGUGCCAAGGACGAAAAUCGUCAGCAAGGAUCCGUUCGAGCGGAAGGUCCAAACCUACUAUCGCACGUUGGCUCGGAGUGAAAGCUACGCCAAGGAACGCCGCACCGGACUGUGGCAGCAGGCACUUCCUCCGAAGCUAUGGCCGGUUAAAGUUUGGCAGGAUGCACUUGAUGGUCUAGUAUUGCGCAUGAUGCCAAAAACGCAUCGUUUGCCGGAGUUAGUGCGGUAGCUUCAAUCCGUUGGUAUCGCACGGUGACAACAGAUUUAUACACCUUACAGAAUAGUAUUUUCAACUCGGCACUGUUGAACAACGGUUUCGCGUUUUGAGUGCGGCACUGGACACUGGUACAGGUAACGUUUGCGUUAUUUCAGGCUUGUUAAUGUUUAGAGUUUUUAUAAAACCAUUCGCCCCGAGCGACGUGGAGCACAACGUUGAUUCCUAGA